AUGGAGUUAGUGACCGAGUUUAUCGGGGCCCCUUUCGAGAGCGGAGGUUUGCUGCUGGACUGGCCUGGGGUUCCUCCCCGGUCUUGCGUCUUUGUGCCCCUCAUUUUGAGGGAGGGCGGAGUGCUAGCAGCUAUCCCUGCAGGGUUCCUAGACGCAAGCUUGAUCAGUGCAGGUCAGGCCGGGGCGGCGAACGCUAUUGUUGGACCUUCGCGGGAAGUUUCGGUUGGGACUUUAGAAGAGGAGGAGGAGGGAGCUUUGGUGCCCACCGAGGAGAUUUGCACUGUGCUCCUGGUAGAUUUUUCAGAGGAAGUUUAUCCUCUUUUGUCCCGGUACGACCCGGUCACUUCCCCCGCCGAGGCCGCCCAUGUUGUCCCCGAGUCUCCUCACCUGCAGGUGUCUUUCGAGGAGGCCCGUCAGUCUGCAUUAGCAUGGGUUGCCAGCGAGGAGGGGGAAAGGCUGGCUUUUUACUCGGCUGCAGAAGGGGCAGACGCUGCACCGGCCCCCGGAGGCCCUUUGGAGGCUGCCGCACCCAAACGCAAGACGGCUCCUCGGGCGAAGCGGCCCACGAACGCUCAACUUUCGGAGCAGCUAGGGGCCCUUGUGGAGCUCAUACCUUCUUUGACCCAACAAGUUCAGGAGCUAGCUACGCGCCAAGCGGCCUUGGAGAAGAGGGCCGCUCCAGUUGCAGCCCCACCUCUGCCGGCCCAUCGCCUUGCCUUCCCUCAGCGCUUCGAGCUCAGGGCUGGAGAAAGCUAUGUUGCAGCAGAGCAGAGCCCUAGGAGCAGCUCGCAAAUCGCAGUGGGAACUUUCUCCUUCAGGCGAGCAGAACUGGCGCAGAGGCGCCCCGUGUUCACUUCUUAUGCAGAACGCUUCGGAGGGUUUGGCAGCCAAAGAAGUUUGGGGAUAGUUUUCUGGUUGCUCGCCAACAUCGCCGACUCCAUGAUUGCAGGCGACCAGGCAGGAGCCGAGGAGCUCACCGCCUUAGCUCUGGCAGCUGUGGAGCAAUGUGCUCAAGAUGGCGGGUCCUGGGAGAUUGGGUUUUUACUGACACUGUUAGAGGAUCCUCCUCACCAGCUUUUCCAGCAUCGCCCCCAAUCCCAGAAUCCACGGCUGCGAGCGUUCGGGGGACUUACCCCGCAGACUUGGGCGACGACUACCCUCUCUUAUGUGAAAGAGAUAGACGCGAUCCAGAGCAGGCCGAGGUUGCUGCAAAGCCUCGCCGCCCGAGGCCUUCUGCUUUUCGAGCCCCUCCGGGUCUCGCCCCUCCUGGUGCUCAAGGCGCCCUCGACCCUUUUGUUGGUCCGCGUGUUUCAAGGAGUGCCCGUGGUCGCGAAGCCGGCUGUGGGUCCUUUGAAAAGCCUCGGGCGACACCGCCUCGGCGCCCCAGUGACGAGCCCAGGACAAGCCACCGCGUCCUGCACACGCUCUCUUCCCUUUGCCGGUUCCGUUCCCUGGGUGUUUCCAGCACAUCCCCUCAGCCAAGGCAGUGCAAAUUGGGAUCCUCUCCCUUUCCUGGCCUCGGACCCCAAUCUGCAGAUGGCCUACCUUGUUGCCAAGUUGGCCUUGAAAUGGGCCGACCAGGGGCUUCUUUAUCUUAAGGAUGAUUUCAGCGACCAGCAGAGCCCCUCCGACUGCGUCCGUGUGUUCAACUGCUUCAAAAGCCUUUCUUCGGAUCGCCAAAUAGGCGACAGGAUCGCCGUUGCCGAUAGAAAAGAUUUCUACCACCAAUUGAGGGUGGGGGACCGCAAAGCUUGUCACAACGCCCUGUACCCGCCCCUUUCUGAGGCGUUUUUCGUUGGCACGGCUGCUCAUGAUGAGCUCCUUCGUCGCCGGGCGGGUGGUCGGAAGACCCCCUCACUUUUGGUGCCACCCCCGGACCGCAGGAAGGUGGUCGCGGGGUUCAAAGCCAUUUUCCAGGGGGAUCAUUUGGGAGUAGAGUUCGCUACGUGUGCACAUCGGAGCUUGCUUCAGGGCGCGGGACUUUUAACGCCCGAUCAGGAGGUGCGUGCCAACUCCCUAUUUCCGGAGAGCCUCCUUUAUCAAGGUCUGGUGAUAGAUGAUUUUUACGCGAUCUCUAUCGAGAAGCCUGAGCUUCCACCCGAGGUUUCGGCGGCUGUCCGCUGCCUGGACAGGGCCCUGCUCACCUAUGCUGAACAUGGCUUAUUAGGCUCGAGUGAGAAGGACGUGCGGGGGGCUGACACGGCCCGGGUUGCAGGGACCGAGCUCGAUGCCAGUUCCAGGACCAGGCAGGAUGGGAUUGUUGGUGCCGGGGCCUUGCGCUCCAAGCGCUUGUCUUUGGCUUCAAUUUCACUAUCUGUUGCGGCCCUUCCUUCCACUACUGACGUCCUCCACUCUUGCUUGAUGGGGGGUUGGGUCUCGACUUUCCUCUACCGUCGCCCCCUCAUGUCGGUUUUUGCAAAGUCUUUCGGUCUGGUCCGUGCCGAUCUUCUUGAUCCUUCCAGGCCCCAGACCGUUCACCUGCCUAGGGGGGUGGCGGAUGAGCUGGCUUUGGCUGCUGCUCUGGCCCCUCUUGCCGUUUCCGACAUUGCUGCUCCCUUUGAUGACAAGAUUUAUGCUACUGAUAGCAGCGAGGAGGGGGCAGCUGUCGUCGAGGCUAGGGUCUCGCCCAGCCUGACUGCUCUCCUCUGGCGGUCAUCGGACCGAAAGGGGGCCGCCACUAAGCUGCUUACUCGGGCUCAGGCUGCCCUUCGAAAAAUCGACCCUCUCUUUGAAGAACGGGCAGGGGUCGAGGGUGAUGACCACCGCGAACUUCUGACUACGACGGGCUUCGCUGUUGCCCCCUCGCGGCCUAUCGGUCUUCGUUUUCAUUUUCUUCAGGUCGGUUGUCCUGCCAGGAAUCUUUGUGAUGCCUUGGCCAGCUUUGGUUGGGUCGUGGGCCCUAUCCUCGACUCGGCCUUUUCUCCGCACUACGGGCUCUUGGACCCGGUUUUCUUUUCGUGGCUCCUUCACAUGCUGGAGACAGAGUCCGUCGAUGCUCUUUACCUUCGGCCCUCUGCAAAAACCUUCUCGGCUGCCACUGUGCCGCCUUUCCGCACAUAUCGUGAACCUUUUGGUGACCCUUUGGACCCGCGGGUGCGCCGUGGCACCCUUCAGGCACUUCGGGCCUUGACUCUUUUCCAAGUUGCCCGCCUUAGCAAGGCGAUUUGCUUGAUCGAGCAGCCGGUCGGGAGUUUGAUGGCUGCCCUUCCGUCGUGGAAGGCUUUUCGGGAAAAGCCUGGUGUGCUUGAGACUCGGACCUCUGUUUGCAUGUUCGGGGCUUCCUCUGCUCAGCGAGUGCGCCUUCUUUCUUGUCACUUCUCGCCUGUUGGACUUGAGAGAGCCUGCUCGGGGGGCCAUCCGCACACCCCUCCUGGAUCUUCUGGUUGUUUUGCUUCCUCUCUCGAGGUGCCCGGUUUCGCCACUGUACUUGCUGAGGCCGUUUCCUCGAGUCUCCGUCGCAAGGUGAUCAGGACCCAGAGCAGCGAGAUCGAUGUGUUUGGGCUCGAGAGUGUCCUUGUCAACGACCUUGCUCAAGCUCUGCCUUGGAAAUCCCUGAAGGUGUGGCGCUGGAAGAAGCAAGCCCACAUCAACGUCCUUGAGUCAGAAGCCUUCCUGCGACUCUGCCUCUUUAAGGCAAGGCAAGCUCAACCCUCUCGGUUCGUCUCGCUCAUCGACAGCAAUGUUGCUCGUUGUUCUCUCGGGAAGGGUCGCUCCCCUUCUGCUGCUUUGACUUCGGUCCUACGUCGGACGGCCAGUGUCUCGCUGGCGUGUGGUCUUUAUGGGGCCCUGCCUUUCUGCCCCACUCGCCUUAUGCCUGCCGAUGCUCCUUCUCGUGGCGCUCCUGUGCUUGAGGCCAGGUCUGAUCCCUUUGGGUGUCUCCCCUCCCUGACCUACGUUCCUCCGGCCUUUGACUUUGACUCUUCGUUGGGUUUCCCUGGCGAAGGGAGACCUGUCGAGAAGAUCACCCAGAAACACCGAGAUCGACUGUGGGCUGUUUUUCUUGAGUGGACUGGCGAGAUUGGCGUCCCAGCUGGUCUUUUUGAGGCAGGCGCUGAGGUUGAUAUCGAUAGCAUAAACGCUGUUUUGGCAAAGUACGGCCGCGCCCUGUACGAGACGGGGCGCCCCUACAACCACUAUGCUGAAAUUGUGAAUGCUUUAGCUUCGAGAAUACCAAAGAUCCGGCGCCUCCUUCAGCCGGCUUGGGACGUAGCUUUCCAGUGGCAGAGAAUGGAACCUCACGUCCAUCACCAGGCCAUGCCCUGGCAAGUACUUCUUGCCAUGUGCUCAACUGCACUUUGUUGGGGAUGGAAGGAAGUAGCUGGUACCCUUGCCCUGGCAUGGGGAGGGCUUGCGAGGAUAGGCGAGAUCUUCGCGGCCCGCCGCUGUGACUUGGUUUUACCAUGCGACGUUGGUGAACUAGACGGCUAUAUUCUUUUGUCAGUGAGAGAACCAAAGACUCGGAACACGGCAGCUCGUCACCAAGCUUUGCGUCUGGACCAGCCUCAGCUAGUUCGUUUGGUGUCCCGCUUCGCAAAACUGCUGACGGCUCUUCACCUUGACAAGCUCGACACCACCAACCUCAAGGCUUUGGACCUUGGCUCCCUCCGUGCAGGAGGAGCCACUUGGCUUCUACAAACAAGCGAGGACGGCGAGCUCGUCAGGAGGCGACCAGAGAUCGAGUUCUACUUGCGGCUUCUACUUUUCCGGCGAUGCUUGCGCAAGCCGAGGGUAACAUGGGUGAGAUGGGUGGAGGCAGCACGAAAGUGCAAACACUUGUACCACUGCUUGGAGGAGCAAAAGCGAGUCAUGGCCGAAGUGGAGCUUGAAGCUUUGUGUUUGUAA